AUGGCAACCACGACCCAGUCGAUGUAUACAUCAUAUGGGAUUCCAAACUCUGUGAUCAUAAAUAACCUCAAGCUUGCGAAACAUCCAGAAGGGGGCUAUUUUGCGGAGACGGACAGACAAACCGAGCAGAUUCUGUCACCAUUUGCAGGAAAUGCUCCGCGUCCUCUGGCAACCAGCAUCUACUAUCUACUCACGCCCGACGAACCCAAUGGCGUAUUUCACAUGAACAAAUCUGCAACCAUGCAUGUGCUCCACCAAGGUCGUGCAGAAUACGUUCUCAUCACUCCUGGAAGCCCUCCGCGAGUGGAGAAAAAGGUUAUGGGGCCGAACAUUCACUCGGGCGAGGUCCUCCAGCUACUCGUCCCUUCUGGGGUCUGGAAGAUGUCUCGCCUCCUUGCUGAUGACAUCUCUGCAUCAAAUGCUACUGGCUCACAAAGCGCUAGCACCCGGGACAGCGUCGGGUGUUUGAUUACUGAGGUUGUAUUUCCGGGAUUUGCAUGGGAAGACCAUUGUUUCUUGACAGAAGCUGGGCUCACGGCGUUGUGGGAUGGAGCGCAGGGUUGGGAGGAGUGGGUCGUGUACGUGAAGAAAUGA